UAGUUGAGCGGCAAUCAUGUGGCAGUUGGCAUUGGCAUUGGGACUUCUCCAGCAGCUGAAUGCACCACCGGCAUCUCCUACGGCCACGGCCAUUGUGGUGGAGCGGAACAUGUUUGCCUACUACAAGGUGCCGGCAGCUCAACUGCUUCUGGACACCGAGGAAACCAGUAGCAGCAGCAGCAGCAGCAGCAGCAGUGAUUCCAAAAAAUUCAAGAGCGACCUGUACUUUGUGCUGCAGUGUCCACCCAAAUUGGAUACGGGCAUACCCAAGCCCAAGGACAUGCAGACCUGCAGUGUGGUGGAUCAGUACAAAGGGAUGUGGAAGAAGCCGUCGCCGCCACAGCCGAAGAAACACCUCCAUAUGGUGCCAUUUCGGAUUGUGAUGCGCCCGCUGCGACCCCCUGCAAUGCGAAGGACAUAUCGUCGCCGCAAACGUCACCAGAAUAGCGAUCAGGAGGAUGAUGAAGAGGAAUCCACACCCUUGCAGCAUCUGGGACAGCCACAUAUCCGACAGAAGCUACUGAAACUAAAGGCAGACCAUCGAAAGUUCAAACGAGGCAGUAGCUCCCAGGGAUAUCAGCACAUGUAUCAUCGUGAUGAGUCGUACAACGAUCACAUAUUCUAUGACGAUCUCCAAGCCGAUGGACAGUAUCAUAAAUACGGAAAACAAAUACAAUCUGAAUAA